UGAAGCCACUCAGUCACCCUGCUUGUUUGACUAGCUAGUCAGUGCCUUUAGUAGACUACCACGGACAUGUUAGACUGUUUAGUCCGCGCUAUAUUUCUGCAGAACAAUUAAACACUAAUCGUAUUAUAUAGGCAAUAAGCAGAAAAGAGCAGAGUGAAAUGAGAGCCGUUCUGUUGUUCCUCUACAUCUCUACAUCAGUCCCUGUGAUCAGAGGCACACUCUCAAAGACAGAUGCCAAAAAACUCAACAAACUGCAGGAAGCUGAGACAGCUGAGGCGGAGCAGCCGGUGCAGGAGCGGGGUUUAAUCGUGACAACUCCCCAGUGGAGGGAUAUAGUGAGAGAAGAGAAAAGAUUUUGCCCUCAGACCAUAUCAAAACGUCACUUUCAGGGAUCAGUGCUGGGUUACAUCACGCCGUGGAACUCCCAUGGGUAUGACGUUGCUAAGGUUUUCGGGCCUAAGCUGACCUCCGUGUCUCCGGUAUGGCUCCAGCUCAGACGCAAAGGACAAGAAAGCUAUCAUAUCACCGGCCUGCAUGACCAUGACCAGGGUUGGGUCAAGGCUGUGAGGAAAGCAAACAAAAAAAAUAAAAUAUUACCUCGCCUGUUAUUUGACGGCUGGUCUUAUCAGGACUACAUGAACGUCCUGGACAGUGAGGAUGAAAUUGACGAGAUUACAAGAGAAAUCGUUGAAGUGGCAAAGGCUGAAAGUUUCGAUGGCUAUACUCUGGAACUAUGGAGUCAGCUGGGAGGAAACAAAAGAAAGGAGCUGAUCCACUUGGUUACACACCUGUGCAACUAUCUGAAGGCUCGGAAGCUUACCUGCAUUCUCGUCAUACCUCCAGCUAUCGUUCCUGGGUCAAACCAACCAGGCAUGUUUGGAAGAGAAGACUUUGAAAAACUGGCUCCUGUUGUUGAUGCAUUCAGCUUAAUGACCUAUGACUAUUCCAGUCCGGGCAGACAAGGCCCUAGUGCUCCACUGCCCUGGAUGAGAGAUUGUGUGCUGCAGCUUGCACCACAGAGCCAGUGGAGGCACAAGAUUCUGCUGGGCCUCAACAUGUAUGGUCUCGACUUCACUGCCAACGGGGGGGCUGAACCCUUGCUGGGGUCUAGGUACAUCGAGCUUCUGAAGGAUGUCAAACCAAAACUUGUUUGGGAUGAGUAUGCAGGAGAACACUAUUUUAAUUACAAAAGAAAUUCGGUGAAGCAUACAGUCUAUUAUCCAACUCUGAAGUCUCUCCAGCUACGAAUUGCACUGGCAACAGAACUGGGCACAGGAAUCUCUGUUUGGGAACUUGGCCAAGGCUUGGAUUAUUUUUAUGACCUCCUGUGAUUAGGACACACAAAAACCUAAUUCCUUCUUCCAACCACUGAUGGUUUACGGUACAUUGGUAUUUGUGACAAUGCCACUGAGCAUGCCAAUAAAAUUAUUUUUAUUG